GGCUUAUCAUCGUUAUGGAUGAUCAGUACAAUCGAGAGAUGCAGGAGGAUGAUUCGGUAGAAUUGAAAUGGGAUUCCGAUAGUAGCAAGAAAAGACGAUAUGCUGCAAAACGUGCGUUCUUUGUCCAAUGAUUCACAUUGUUCUGCACCAUCAUCAUCGCCGCAUUCAAGCCCCAUUGAUGCAUCAAUGCCCACUGAUUUCAAUUCUGGUGAAUUGAACGACGCAAUUCGAACAUACAGUCGUUGCAAGAAUGAUACGCCACCAAGAAAGUCAGAUGAUGAAAAUGGGGAUUGGUGGAUACAGCUUGAUGAACUGCCAACACGAGAUGAGGAAAACGAUUCACCUUUACUGAUUCGAACAUCAGUGAGCCCAGUUUUCGCUGAAUCGAUGAGUUCCAAAAGUGAGCUAGAAGAUGUAGUAGAAAGCGUAGAAAGCCCACAGACUAAAUUUGAUUUGGAAGAUGACGGGCAAACACCAUAUCCAUCGACACCAUCGAAACGCCAAAAUGUGGAUUGUUUUCAUGAAAAUCUUGAAUUCUCGAAUAUACCAGAAAUACCACUGCCAUCAGUUUCUCAUAGUGAUGGAAGUGCAUGGAAUAUUCCGGAAUGCUUAUUUGUAGAGCAAAGAUAUUUUGCAACGUUCUUUCAUUCUUGUUCUCCUGAGGUCUAA